ACGCAAACACGAGGAAACAUUGGAGUUUUCUUCAACGAAGUGUUAAGUACAUGCAAAUAGCAAUGGAUAUCUGUUUACAAAAAUAUUGUAUUCAUUUUAUAAAUAGAUUAUAAUCACCACAAUGAAUUCAUGUUUUGUAAAGAAUUGAGUGUGGUGAAAAAGGACAGAAGAAGAGCACUAGGGGAACACUAUAUUUAGUUCAGUUUAUAAAGUCGCUCAAAAUGGCGGUCUAUAGUUGGUCAGAAAAGGUAAUGAAGCUGCUCAGUCGCAUGAACAACUUUUACCUGGCAGGGUCGUGUCGUGCUGACUGCUGCAGGUUUGAGAUUGAAGGAUCCCAAGUUGGCUGGAUCCCACCACACGUCACUUCACUUCUCACCGGCUAUCCAGAAGUGUUUAGUUCGCCAAACGGUGGCGCUGUGUCUUUGUGUCCCAGUCUAGAUUCCUACCAGAAGAGGUCCGAGGCUGUCGAUGCUGUCCUACAGUCCCUGAGAGGAGAGGACUCCUUGGGGUGCCUUAAAGGAUGGAGAGAUGAGAAGUACAGAGUGAUGCCUAAAUUCUCAGACCCUCCGUUAAUGUGGAUGGAAAGAGCAGCUACCAGUCUUUUUGGAGUCAAACGUUAUGGCGUCCACAUCAAUGGUUACACUGUCAGUAACAGUGGAGAAGUUAGCAUGUGGCUGGGAAGACGUUCUCCAACUAAGCAGACAUAUCCUGGACUUCUGGAUAAUUUGGCAGCAGGUGGUCUCUCUGCUGACGUGAGCAUCAAGCACACGCUGGUGAAAGAAUGUCAGGAGGAAGCUUGUAUCCCAGCUGCCAUUGCUGAGAAAGCACUUCAUGUGAGCACUGUCAGCUACACAUACGAGGAUGAGGAAGGGGUGUUUCCAGAAUGUCAGUUUGUCUUUGAUUUGGAACUUCCUCUGGACUUCAGACCCAGAGUAGGAGAUGGAGAAGUGCAAGAGUUCUACCUUCUACCUAUAGACAAGGUAAAAGAACUGUUGGCAACUGAUGACUUCAAACCCAACUGUGCAAUGGUGGCCUUGGACUUCCUCAUCAGACAUUCAUUUAUAGACCCAGACACAGAACCCUUUUAUCAAGAGUUUCUGGCAGGACUCCAUCAAACUUUAUAGGGUUAAGGCCAGCCUGUGGAACCAUAAGCUGUGUUCUUCAGCAUUUGUACACCAGGCCACCUCCAUGAUGAUGCUGAUUUGAGAUCAUAUUUACCUUGGUAUAUUCUUUUAAAUAUGAAUAAGUAGAAACGUGUUUGUUGUUAACAGAAGAAUUUCCCAAAUGUGGGAUAAAUACAGUUUUAAUUAUUAUUACUAUGAAACCAUUGAGGAAUAAAGACAGGGUAUGGAUGC